AUGGCUGAGCAGCACCACCAGCACCACCACCACCUCAUCCACCACCACAAGGAGGCGAAUCCCGCCGACGAGGUGGUCUACACCGAGACCGGCUCCACCGGCAAAGACGGGCACACGACUGGUUACGUGAAGACCACCGAGGUGGUCACCAACGACGGUGGCUACGAGUACAGGAAAGAGGAGAAGCAACACAAGCACAGGGAGCACCUCGGCGAGAUGGGCGCCCUCGCCGCCGGUGCCUUCGCGGAGCAUGAGAAGCACAAGGUUGAGAAGGACCCAGAGCACGCUCGUAGGCACAAGAUGGAGGCGGAGAUCGGCAAGGCAAUGGCAGUGGGCAGCGGAGGGUACGCCGCCCACGAGCACCACGAGAGGAAGGAAGCCAAGGAGCAGGCCGAGGAGGCUCAUGGGAAGAAGCACCACCAUUUCUUCUAAGACGGUGCAGACCCUGCAUGGAUUGUUCGGGUUCAUGGUGACCUUCCAAUGUUGGUAAUAAUCGAAGCACGUGGUUCUGGACCGCGUGAAGGCCUUCGUUUGUGUGCGUGUGUUUAAGAUUCACGAAAUUGCUUGAUCAAUAUGAUUGAUAUUAACUAAUAAAGUCUCUGCUUGUGUUUCCUUUGCU